UUGUUCGCUAUUUCGUUGAUUUUUCAUUCGGGUUCAUUUCUUAUAAUUUUUGUGACAUUUUGCGAUUGAUUUUAACUUUGUGGCAAAAGUUGAAAUCAUUCGGAAAAUACGUCCACCACGCAUUUGUUUAGAAUGUAAACAAUGGCAAAAUUAUUUAAUUUUGAAUAAUAAAUUAGUUGACGCACCAAUUUGGGAGAAAGCACAGAAGAGUGUGAUCGUAUUUAAUAUUCCGUUUGUGUGAUGACUGUCAAACUGUCCCGAAGAUGCGGCAUGUCAUUUGAAUGUUCAUCGUCCAAUUUGCCGUAGAGGAGGCGACAGUAUCACUCCGAUCAUCAUCACAGUCUUUUGACAACGGUCAAAACAUUCAGACUUACAAUCAGUUCAGCAGUUCGAUACGUUUAAUUAGUGUACAUGAGACCAUCCAAUUGAGGAUUCAUAUCAAGAUCAAAAAUUAUCGUCGAAUCAAACACAGAGUAUAUCAAAUAUUCCAAUCGACGCCAAGUACUCGUUUUUCUUAGAUAAAUAAAAGAAUUUUAUUUGGCAAUCGUUUGCGGCACCUGAAAUCAGAAAUGGCAGCAUCGUCAGUGGCUGGUUCGUUUUUGGACGAAUUAGAUUGGUUGCAGUGCACAUUUUGUGCUCAAGAAUUCACGCGAAAAACCACAUUCUUCUUUUUGUCAUGCAACAAAGUAGCUUGCUCUGGAUGCGCCCGUCGAAUGAAAAAUGGCAUGAAAAUCGAUUGUAAUAUUUGCAAACGAACCGUCAGCGUGUGUCCAAUUCGUGAUGACAUGCCAGCAAACAUCCGAAAAAAGUUCUCUAACAUCGAAAACUUGUUCGACGAAGUAGUUCGUAUCGCUGAUUUUCAACUCGAUUUGCAUCAACAGGCCAUUCAAUAUCAGCGGGAACGAUUGAAUAAUGUGAAAGAACGGGAAGCAGAGGUGCGUGCUGGCAAUCAACAACAUAUGCAAGAGCUUGAAAAAGUCAUGGACAUGACCAAAAAGUACCGCGAACAAAUUCUAAAGGUUAUACCCGAAGAUCAAAUGAAUGCGCUUUUGGAACUCGAUGAAACAGAGUUGAAUGAAAUGGACAUUAUGCAGGUCAUCGGACCAUUGCGGUCUGGUUCAUCAACAUCAUCACGCCGACGUUCUAUCGAUUCAUCACCGAUGGAUAUGCAACAUUUUGGUGAUGCUAGUUCUUCGCAUUUGAGCAAUGCUUCCACGUCAAAUGUGGCCAACUUGCGAGACAUGGAUCGACACGGAUCACCAAAUAUCCAAGGCCAUUCAUUUGGAAAUGAUGCUGGUGUGAAUCAACAUCGACGUCGUUCUACUUCACGCGACACCUCAACACCAGCCAUAGUUCCUGGAAAAAUCGGGCCUCGAAAUCGCUCGCGCGAGUCUCGUCGUUCGGGCUAUUAUCGUCGUUCGCGCGAGUGUCGUAAGUCACGUGAAUCACACCAAUAACUGGAAGAACAACGCAACUCUUGUGAUCAAGAAGAUGCUGAAAGACAUUAGGCUAUCUCAAAAUAACUACGAAUUACUAAACCGAGCUAAAUUUACUUAAACAUGUUUCAAUUCGAAUCACAUUUUCGAGUAUAUGAAAACAAUUUUCACAUCUCACAUUUAUGUUAUAGAUUAAGAUUCAAAAAAAAAACAACAGAAUUCUCCAAAUAAUUUGGAAAGUAGCAAUUACUU